AUGAUUGAGCUUAGGCACAAGGUGGAAAAUGAACGAAUUUCAGACCCAUUUUCCUAUAAGCAAUACAGACAACUAAUGUUGUACGCCCUGCAAAACGGACUUCAAAAUCAUCCGCAAGUUUGGAGGACAAGAAUGGAAUAUGAAGUUCUCAGUGCAGAAGAUUUAAUAAACUGGGAGUCUGCCAUCGAUUCCAACCUUUCAGGAUGCCAAGCAUCAGACGAGAAAUCCACGAUGUACAACCUCAUAGCUACGGAAUAUCCUACCAUGCAAAAUGUAUUGAAAAGUCUAGACUAUCUGAACCCCACUAUGGCUCAACUUCAGCAAUGCUAUGCAAAGCACAAAGAUAACUUUGUCUACAGCCAAGUCAUUUUUGAUCGACUUCUCGCUAGUCUAUGUGCGGAUGAAGAUUGGCUAGCCAUACGGGCACUAUAUGAAUCACGCUUGAAAGUCCCGCACAGGCAAAUCCAAGAUACAUAUGACUCGUUUUCUUCUUUUGUAUCUGAGCAUUAUCCCCAAGAGUACACUCUGAUUAUGAGAACAGCCAGCAAGCUUCUUCGGGCUACAGAAAGAUCGCAAAGGUAUUAUGAGAUUCUAGAACAAGCGAUUUCUGAUGAUCCAAACUCACCUGAACCGUGGAUAAGAUACAUGACUCAGUUGCAUCAAUAUUCAAAUGGUGAAUCACCGUAUCCUGCAUUUCUUGCGGUUUUCUAUCGCAGUUUGUUCGCCGGCUCCCUAUGUAAGAUGGGUGAUUCGCAAUGGACAGAUGUAUGGCUCGUUGCCCUUCAAUUUUUGAGCAAACCUCAAAUGCACCAUUCACUGGAGAGAAAGCGCAUUGCUACAUCAUUUGUCAAAUGUUACCCAAAAUUUCCUCGCGCUUACUCGGAGUUAGCAUGUUCUCUCUCAACUGAGAAAGAGGUCCACAGUCUAAGGAACCAUGUU